AUGGACGCGACUACACAUCCCGGCCCUCGGACGUUGGAUCUAUUAGUCCUACAGCCCCAACAUAGAUCCGAGUAUAUAUGGGACGGACAGUUGCUUACGCAGACUUUCCGGGCUAGGAGAGUAGAAUUAUUGUGGGAGUUUUUGAGUCCUCCCCGCGUUCGGCAUCCCUGCGUGGUCCAUUAUCUAGAGGAAAUGGGAUUAUAUAGGAUUAUUAUGAUUGGCCGGAUACAGCUCGACUAUGUUUUGAUCACGACCUUGAUUGAGCGCUGGCGACCGGAGACACACACUUUCCAUUUGCCAAUCGGCGAGGCCACCAUCACACUGCAGGACACUGAGAUUUUAUAUGGCUUGUCCGCUGAUGGCUUGCCAGUUUUACUGCCUGCGAUCAUGAGAUAUUAUUCGUGGCAGGCAUAUUGGGAUAUGCUGCACAUGCUUACGGGUUUCAUGCCGGAGGACGAGGAGAGACCACCUGGUGCAGAUCCACCAUACUAUCACCGACGAGUCAGCGGAGGUGGAUGUACAGCGAUAUACGAGGCUGCUGUUGCUCCUUCUAUUUGGGGGGUCUUGUUCCCGAACACUUCGGAGAACCUAGUGAGCCUCCGUUUUUUGCAUCAUAUUGCCCGGUUCGAGGAUACAGCCAUCUACAGUUGGGAUGGUGCUGUCAUCUCAUACCUGCCCUUCACCAUUUCAACUUUGGAGCCCUUGCUCGAAUUCCUGCUUCAAUUCCCUGGUUUUAUCACAGUUACAGCUGCUAUACCAGGGUCUGCUCGGCAGGGAGAGGGGAUUUCCGCCCUUGAAGGCCUUUUAAACCAAAAUGCUCGGGAUCAGUGGGAGUAUGCCUCAAAGUUUAUUUCUUUAGUAGGAGAGGGGCACCUUGAUUUAGUAAGGAAAGACUGA